AUGCCGGCGGCCUGGGCUCCCCCGGGCGCCCCCGCGGCCCCGCCCGCGGCCAACCGGAGCUCGGCCGGCGACUUCGCGCUGCUGGGCUUCGCGCACCUGCCCGCGCUGCGCCCGCUGCUCGCCGCGCUCUCCCUGCCCGCGUUCCUGCUCGCGCUGCUGGGCAACGCGCUCAUCGCGCUGCUGACCGCGCGGGACCCGGCCCUGCGCGCGCCCAUGUACUUCUUCCUGCGCCAGUUGGCCCUGCUGGAGCUCUGCUUCUCGCUGGACGUUGUGCCCCGGCUGCUGGUGACCCUGCUGCGGCCCGGGCUGGGCGUGUCCCCCGCCGGCUGCGCCCUGCAGCUGCUCCUGGUGCUGUCGUGCGUCACGUCCGAGUGCUUCCUCCUGACCGCCAUGGCCUGGGACCGCUACGUGGCCAUCUGCAGGCCCCUGCGCUACGGCGCCAUCAUGAGCCCCCGCCUCUGCCACCUGCUGGCCGCCGCGUGCUGGCUGGCCGGAGUCCCCGUGUCGCUGGUCUUCACCGCCUGGCUCUUCCGCUUCCCUUUCUGCGGGCCACGUGGCAUCCGCCACUUCUUCUGUGACAUCGCUCCUCUGCUGAGCCUGGUGUGUGCGGACACCAGGCUCUUCGAAGCCAACGUGUUGGCGGCCACAGUGCUGGUCAUCAUGGUUCCCUUCUGUCUGAUAGCCACGUCCUACGUCGGGAUCUUGGCCACUGUGCUACGGAUGCCGUCCGCCAGGGGGCGCCACAAGGCCCUGUCCACGUGUGCCUCCCACCUCGUUGUGGUGGUUCUGUUUUACGGCACAACAGGGGUCAUCCACCUGCGACCCAAGGCCAGCUACUCGCCGGAGAGCAAGCAGGUGGUGUCCCUGUCCUACACCCUGGUGACCCCCAUGCUCAACCCCCUCAUCUACAGCCUUCGGAACAAGGAGGUGAAGGCUGCCCUGGGGCGUCUGUUUGUCCAAAGAAGAGGGACCCACAUUCCAUCCCCUUUCUGA